UCAUCAAGUUAGAGCUCUGCUAUCCAUUAUAAUAACAUUACAUAGCCAUGUUCCUGAUAUGGAUUGCUCAUAGAGGCCUUUUUGUGGGAUGACAUGUUCUUGUCUGGAUUGAACCGUCAACGUUUUCCACAUUCUCAACAAAACACAACCUGAUCGAUGUUCUUUCUCCGCCAUCUCAAAUGAGAAUUAGUUACUACAUAUGAUCCAAAUUAGUUGUCAGUUUGUCACAGGUUUAGUGAACCUAUACAGAUUUAAGAAAUAUUGUACUUAAACUACGAAAAUGAUAUUUGGAUCGGAGGGAGUACGUAAGUUUGACGAGUGUAUUUUAGGGCUUAGCUUAGGUGGUUGGAUGGAGUAUGUUGGGCUUGGAAUUGUUAUUUGCAAAAUAGACUUGAGAUUAAUGGAAAACACUUGCAAAAUCAAAAUAACAAGUGCACAUUGUUAUGUUAAUACGUUUUUAGAUAGAUACAAAAUUCAAAGGUAUUAGUUUAUUCAUGAGACGUGCGUGCACGUGCACUCUUACUAGUUUUUGAGAAACAAUAGAACAGGCGGGAAAAAAAAAAGAGAUCGUCCGAUUCAGCGGAGCACGGAUGGGAGCACAUGCCGUGCGGCCGCGUCUAACGCGGUUGUGGGCAUCCAAUGCGUUCACUAACGUUAUUACAAGUCAACUGAACAAUCUUGUCCUCAUGUAAUUUCCUACACUGGAGUAUAAUAUAUAUGCUACUCCUUAGUCCUUACUUCGCUCUUUACUCAGCUGGUGUGUUCUUUGCCCCUCUCUUCGAACUAAUCGCGUGUCUUGUGAGCAUCUACUUAGCAUCGGCAACUUCUUCCAGAUCUAAGCCAGGCGACACCCCGAACCACCACCCUCCUCGGACGCGUUCUCCUUUCGCCGGGAGCCACGCGGAUCAGAAGGCAAAGCCAGCACCACCCACUAUCCAACCUGUGUUAUUGCUCUUACUAUUUUUCGUGCAUUAGAAAUGGCGGAACAAGCAAGUGAAGUUGAAUCACUGGAGCGCAUAUUAAGUGAUGUAAGUGCAGACCCAACCAGGCUAGCAUAUGGACUUAUAAAGUCUAUUACAAGUGACUUCUCUACAGAAAUUGGUCGUGGUGCGUUUGGAGUUGUUUACCUGGGAACUCUUCCAAAUGGGAUGGUUGCUGUGAAGAAGCUCUCCAUAUUGCAGGAUUUUUCUGAUGACCGAUUUCAUUGUGAGGUUGACUGUCUACUGAAGACAAAACACAACAAUAUAGUCAGAUUUCUAGGCUAUUGUGCAGACACACAAGGGGAGCUAGUUGAGCACAAAGGAAGAAAAAUUAUGGCGGAAGUACGACAAAGGUUUCUAUGCUUUGAGUAUGUUCCCAACAGAAGUCUUCGGCAUUACCUUAAAGAAAAACCUCAGGGAAAUGAGUGGAAAACACGUUAUGGAAUGAUGAAGGGAAUUUGUCAGGGUCUGCAGUAUCUUCAUAAAGAACGAAUUAAUCAUUUGGAUCUAAAACCUGAAAAUGUUCUGCUGGGUGCUGGCAUGGAACCGAAAAUCACGGACUUUGGCUUGUCAAGAUGUUUUGAUGAAGACCAUUCACGAACUUUUGUUAAAUGCACUGCUGGGACAAGGGGAUAUAUUGCACCCGAAAUGAUAGAAAAAGGAGAAAUAUCAUUCAAGUCAGAUAUAUUCAGUUUGGGCGUCAUAUUCAUAAAUCUUUUAACCCGAAGUGAUAACAAUGGUGAUGACAAUUGGCAUAAUUCUGUAGAUGUGGAUGGCCCUGAAGUGGAGAUCUGCAUUGAGAUAGCUCGAACCUGUGUGGAGUUUGACCAACAUAAAAGACCUUCUAUAUAUGAGAUAAAUCAUAGAUUGAAUGAGAUGGAGAGUGUUCAAGAAGCAGCAAAUAACCAAAUGUCUUCCAUAGACCAGAAUCUGCCUCCAUCAGUGUCGCCUUCUUGCAUAGACAACCAAGACUCUGAAAAGACCAAAAUGGAGUCAAGUAAACAGGGCGAGACAAGUUACGGCAGUGGCAUGGGUCAUCCAAGGGACGACGGCGGCCAAUGCCAGACAAGCAGCAAAGUUGCAAAGAUGGUGCCGCAGCCACAGCAGAUGCAGGUAAACGGACUGAAUCCAGCUGACUCACGGAUGAGGGACGCUAAGUCCGUCAAGAUUGACCUCCUCGAGCACCCCGAUGGUGGCAGCAAGGUGGAUGGCCAGUCCGGUCGCGAUGAUGGCCUCUACAACAACUUGCACGAUGGUCCGGAGAUGGCGAUGAAUGCGGUGGCAGUAGGCAUGCCGGCGCCGUGGUUUUACCAGGGCAGUCGCAGUUGCAGCAUGCCUGCCGGGGUGGAGAAUCUGCCGGCUGCCGGCGGCUCCAUGGCGCAGCAGGAGCAGGAGCGCAUAGCUCGCAUCCAGCACUUUAACCAAUUACAGUUAAAGGUGAUGAUGAUGAAGGGCGGCCACGGCGGGGCAGGUCACGUGCCAUCAUUGUCGUACCCGAUGAUGCCGCGUAAUGAGCCAUCCCAGGUGAAGCAAACGCCGCCACGACUUAUGGUGGCCGUACCUGAAGUUCAGCCACCCCCCGAGGACGACUCCGAUGAUGACUUUUGGGACGACGAGUGGGACAGUGAUGACUUCGACGACGAAGAUCUCAGUAGUGCUCGUGGCGGCGGCAACAAGAUCCCUCUGCCGAUCAGCAAGAACAACGACCCAAAAAGUGGCGGCAACGAGAUCCCUCCGCCAAUCAGCAAGAAUGAGAAGCAGAGUACUGCGAAAGAAAGUGGCGGCAACAGAAUCCCUCCGCCAAUCAGCAAGAACAGCGAAAAUGAAAUCCAUGGGCAGACGACCAAGAUCGCCACCCGAGGAGAUCAUUCAACCGGAGGGAACCACCCGGGCAUCGUCACAAACCAUGACUCGAUUGGUGGAAGGUGGCGAAUGCCGCAGCAGCAGCACAUGACGGGGAAUAUGCCGCCUAGCCAGAUGGGGGGUAAUGGGUGGGCGGGCGACAUGCUCCGGCGGCCGCUCAAUGUGGGCAACGGAGGCUACUUGCCGCCCGUGCCGCAGGUUUCUGGGGCGGCCGAAAACUACAUGGCAUAUAUGCAGCUGCAGCACAUGGCAUAUAUGCAGCAGCAACAAUUGGCAUUUUACUAUCAGUCUUCCUUUUUGUUAGUAUGUGCGAUUAUUAUCAUCGUCCUAGUCAUUUUCCAAGUGCCCGUCAAUAGGUGUUGGGAAUAGAUAAGUACGUAUCUGAAUAAUUUGGUAAUUUAAUUUGGAAUACUAGGACAUGGUUCUGUCUUUACCAUCUGAAUAAUAUUUCCAGCCUUUUGCGCUGCUGUUUUUUAAUGGUGUCUAUUAAUUAAGUGAUGUGAAUUUGAUCACUAUA